CGAUUGAUUGACCGCGCCGUGGAGAACGGAUUUCCGCUGGAGCAUGUGGAGCAGCUGCGCACGAUCGUGCACGCGUACGAUGUGUGGCGCCUCGAGUUGCGUGCUGACUCACCGGCGAACGUGCCGCUCCUGGAAGUGCGUCUGCAGAUCGGGGCUCGCCCAGCUAAGUGUAAACCCUGCAAGUACCCGCCGCACAUCCGGAAGUUCCUGCAAGAAUUUAACGAUCGCCUUGUGGCUCUAGGACUGGUGUACGAGAACCCCAAGAGCCGCUGGUCGAGCCCCGUUUUUCCAGUCAAGAAAUCGGCCGACCUCAUGGACCUCCGCCAGACUACCGACUACCGAGCAGUCAACUCGCUGACGGACGUCAUGGCGGCAGUGAUGCCUAUUCUUUUGUUAGGUCUGGAAAACGCCCUAGGAAUG